AUGGCGCACCCGAGCACCGACAAGCUGGAGCUCGUCCCCGGGCCGUCGCAGAUGUUGCCCAACGUCCUGGCGGCGCUGGGGUCCGCGUGCGGCUCGUCCGACCUGGACCCGGCCUUCUGGGACGACUACCUCGCUCUGGAGCGCGACCUGCAGCACUUCCUGCACGCCGAGAGCUGCAGCGUGGCCAUCCAGUCGGGCGAGGCCAUGCUGUGCCUCUGGGGCGCGCUCAAGAGCACGCUCAAGCCUGGGGACGUGGUGGUGUGCGCCGCCAACGGCCUCUUCGGUGCGGGCUUUGCGGACAUGGCCAAGGCGCUCGGCGCCGACGUGCGCGUGGUGGAGUGCGACUGGCGCAAGUCCAUCGACGUGGACGCGCUGUGCGCCGAGAUCCGCCGCUCCGACCCCAAGCUUGUGACGGCCGUACACUGCGAGACGCCCAGCGGUCUCCUCAACAACCUGGAAGGCGUGGGGGAAGUUGUGGCCAACCACACGACGGACGGACUCUUCCUCGUGGACUUUGUGUCGAGCGCGGGCGGAGCGCCGCUGAACGUGGACGCGUGGAAGAUCGACUUGGGUCUGCUAGGCCCCCACAAGGCGCUGUCUGGUCCCCCGGCGUUGGCGUUCACGACUGUGAGUGAGAAGGCGUGGAAGCGCAUCAACGAGGUCAAGUACGUGGGCUACGACGCGCUGCAGCCGUUCUACCGCGCGGCGCAGCAGGAGCCGCGUCUGCUGCCUUACACGCACAACUGGCAGGCGAUCCGCGCCGCUCUGGUGGCGUGCGAUAACAUCAAGAAGGAGGGAGGCAUCGACGCGGUUAUUCAACGACACGCGGAGGUGAGCGAGUUCGCGCGUCGUGAGGUGCAGGAGACGCUGGGACUCAAGGUUUACGGCGAGGAGAGCGCGGCGUCCCCCACUGUGACUGCUAUUGAGCUCCCGGAAGGUGACUGGGCUGCGCUGCAGGAAGAGCUCCGCGCCCAGAAUCUGCUGGUUGGAGGUUCGUACGGACCGCUGAAUGGCAAGGUGCUGCGUCUGGGCCACAUGGGCUCACAGGCGAACAAGGAAACUGUGACCAAGGCGAUUGAGAUCAUCGGUGCUGCGCUCGAGAAGAUGAAGAAGAGUAGACUGCUGCACUGA